AUGGCUUCACAAUCCUCGACUCCGGGGCGGUCCCGCCUUUCCAACGAUGCCAUGGAUCAAUGGAGUGUCGGUGUUAAGAUCGGGAAGGGCAGCUUUGCCACUGUGUAUUCGGGCACUUACAAGAAAACCGGAGCCUUUGUCGCCAUCAAAUCCGUCGAACUUGGGAAGCUGAAGGGCAAGGUGAAGGAGAACCUCUACACCGAGAUUAAGAUCCUCGAGACCCUUCGGCACCCUCACAUCGUCGCCCUACAUGAAUGUGUCGAGACUCCCUCGCACAUCCACCUUAUGAUGGAAUACUGUGAACUCGGCGACCUGUCGCUAUUUAUCAAGAAGAGGGAGUUUUUCCCAGAACAUCCAGCCACCAAGGACAUGGCAAGGAAAUACCCAGGGGUUCCAAACGGCGGUCUGAACGAGGUCAUAAUACGCCAUUUUCUCAAGCAGCUGGCAAGCGCUCUUGAGUUCCUCCGUGGGAAGAACCUGAUCCACCGCGACAUCAAACCCCAGAACUUGCUCCUGCUUCCAUCACCUGUCUGGCGAGAACAGGAGAAGCACAAGCCGCUCAUUCUCAGCGCCAGCAACGACAGCCUCAUCCCGGCCGCCGGGUUGCGGUCGCUACCUAUGCUGAAGCUCGCAGACUUCGGUUUUGCACGUGUGCUGCCAUCCACCUCGCUCGCUGAGACCCUCUGCGGUUCCCCACUCUAUAUGGCCCCGGAGAUCCUGCGUUACGAACGUUACGAUGCCAAGGCUGACCUGUGGUCUAUGGGGACGGUUCUGUACGAGAUGGCGGCAGGGCGAGCUCCAUUCAGGGCUACUAAUCAUGUCGAACUUCUCCGCAAGAUAGAAGCAGGAGGUGAUGUGAUCAAAUUCCCCAGGGAGACCGUCCUCUCAGUCGAGAUGAAAUCUCUCAUCCGCGCGCUCCUCAAGAGAAGUCCUGUGGAGCGCAUCAGCUUUGAGGCUUUCUUCACCCAUGACAUCGUCACAGGUCAGAUACCAGGACUCGUCGAGGAAGACUUGCCCCGGCCGGCACAGCCUAGAAGGUCACAUGAGUCCAUCACGGCCUCCAGGACCAGUGAGUCAGAUUCACUCGGUCGAAAGUCAUCACUGCGGCGCUAUGGCACGGAUCGAGACCCCAGCGGCGGCGAGACGGUCUCGUCUCCCGUGGAUCCUGUCGAGAGGCCAUACAGGCGGUCCCCCCUGUCUACCCCUACAGAGACCGAGAAACAGCUAGGUCACUAUUCACCCAGGCUCAGCUACUCUCCGCGCCAGGAGGUGGGACAAGGCUUGGGUAUACGUCGUCCACAACCUGUGCCAUCCACUUCAGCUCCGGCACGCCCGACGAUGUACGAAACUCGCCGGCGUGGGCAGUCAAACGCGUCGGCCCACACAGUCGCUCGCGACGGUGCCCCUUCGGGAUCCACUGCAGAACAGCAGGGCAGCCGAAGCGGGAGAAACCCGAAUGAGCACGAGAAGGCGGAGCAGGAAAUCGCUUUCGAGCGUGACUAUGUCGUGGUCGACAAGAACCAAGUGGCGGUCAACGCUCUGGCUGACGAGUUGGCUGCUAAUGGGCGCAUGACCUCGCUUGCGCAAGGUCAGUCUCCUCAGACUGGACAAAUGGUGCGGCGGAUUACGACCCAGGGUGCUCCCGACUCCAUUACGGGUGCCGUGGCACCUUCGCCGUCCCGAGCUGUGCAGAUUGCGCAGGGUAGACGGCCAAAUGUUCACGAGCGCAAGUCCUCGCUGAGUGUCAGCCCAGGCUCUGCCACCAAAUACAUCUCCAGGGCCAUCCAGGAGACGAGCCUCCGUCUCCUGGGCAUCAAAAACCCGCCCCUUCUUGGUAAAGGUGCAUCUCCGCCUCAGUUGUACAAUCCCUUCCCGGCUUACCCCACCCCAUCGGCACCUGUGAACCUGAUAGGUGAUGGAAAGCAGACCGCACCAUAUGACGAGGACGCCCGUGUUGCUCAGUGCAUCGAGGAGAUCGCAUCGCGAAGCGACGUUGUCUACGGAUUUGCCGAAGUCAAGUACAAGCAGCUUGUGCCCCUGGCCCCAUCUAUGGACCAUGGACUGGGCGGCGUGCCGGCCGACGGACCAGCUUCUAAUGUCGAGGAUGGACUGACUCCGGAUGCCGUCGUUUCGUUGUCAGAAGAGGCGCUUGUGCUGUAUGUCAAGGCCCUGUCGCUUCUUGCCAAAUCUAUGGAUGUGGCGAGCUUGUGGUGGUCGAGAAGGACACGCUCCGAGGCAUCUGGUGGUCACGCAUCAUCGGCUCGUGAUUCUGGUAAUACGCAGAACCUCACGCCUAGGAUCAACGCCGUCGUGCAGUGGGUUCGCUCACGGUUCAACGAGGUCCUGGAGAAGGCUGAGGUGGAACAUCCCAGCCACCCCAGCAACCAUUCGACAGAGGCCGGGAAUACAGGCGGAUCAGCCGUCGAUGGCGUCGUCAUCACCCCAGGCAUCAGUGCAGAAAAGCUCAUGUACGACCGGGCCGUGGAGAUGAGCCGCAAGGCAGCGAUCGACGAGAUAUCGAAUGAAGAUCUUGUAGGCUGUGAGAUCUCGUACGUCACAGCCAUCUGUAUGCUCGAGGCUGUCCUGGACAGCGACGAGGACCUACCUAAGAGGCGGGUCUCGGGACCUUCUAAGGAGGAGCGCGCGACCCCGCGGGAGGACACGUCAGAGAUAAACGCCGACGACCAGCAAGCUAUCAGAAAACUGAUAGGUAUGAUUACCGGUCGACUGACCACGGUCAGGCGCAAGCUGCGCAUGAUUGCAAGCGCAACGAAGCAACAGCAACAGACACAGACUAUCGCCCGACGUCGCAGUGGUGACGGAACGCCGAGGAGCUUGUCUUCUCAGGCCUCAUAA